AUCUAAUAAUGAUACAUUCUCAUAUCAAAGAGUUCCCAAAUUAGCAGUAGAACACAUUACAUUGGAGAUAUCAAAUUAUACACAAGAGAUGGCUAUUGUACAAUAUCAUGCAUUAGUUACAUUGGAGUGUACUGGUGAAGCUCCUGGGAAUAUUAGAGUUGUUUUACAGUGUAAUGGAACUGGUGUUGUAUAUGAUAUCAUAUAUCUAGUGGAAUAUGCUAGACAACCAAUAAAUAUAACUGGAUCAGUACCAGUACUUCAGUAUCAACAGUGUAAUAUCAGUAUUGUAUUCAGUAAUGAGGCUGGUAGUAGUGAACCAUUUAUACUAGCAUUUGAUACAACUCUUUCUUCAUACAUUAAUUCAUCAGUUCCUGUAGUACCAACUUUAAGUAGUACAUUAAUAAUAACUAAUAUGCUGUUUGGGGUUUUAGCUAGCUUAAUAACACUUAUUGCUGUGACUCUACUAUUAUUCAUGAUUUAUUUGAAGAGAAGGAAGAUAAAAAGCCGUGGUGAUUAUAAAGUAUCACAAGAGCAAUCAACAAACCCUUCAGUACCACAAGAAGUUUCUAAUGAAUUAGUCAGACAUGUUUUUAGUGCUGGACCUAUGCCAAGUAAAGAUAUGAAGGACAAUAAUAUAGCAUUGCAACCAAUGGUAAUAAUUUGUUGAGUUCUUUUUCUUAUUUGUCUUUUAAUCUUUUUAUAGCCUAAUAAUUAUGAUCAUGAGGCUGCUGAUAAUAGCACUACAUGCAGAACAUUUUCAGAAACUGAAACAACUUAUAUCAAAACGGAAACUAACAAAGAACAGGAAGAUAAUGAAACUCCAGUGUCAUAUGAUAUUAUUGCUGAAG